AUGUCUGCUGCUACAGCUAUGUCACCAGCAGCAGUUCUCAUGGCAUUUCUCCUAGCCAUUACCUGCCUCUGGACCUUCCCUCAAGUUGCCAAUGCAGGGGUCACUAGGCACUACAAGUUCAAUAUAGAACUGAAGAACAUCACAAGGUUGUGCCACACUAAGAGCAUUGUAACAGUGAAUGGAAAGUUCCCUGGACCUCGGGUUAUCGCUAGAGAAGGCGAUCGCCUUGUGGUGAAAGUUGUCAAUCAUGUUUCCAAUAACAUCAGCAUCCAUUGGCAUGGAAUUCGACAGCUAAGGAGUGGAUGGGCUGAUGGCCCAUCUUAUGUGACACAGUGUCCCAUCCAGACCAACCAAACAUAUGUCUACAACUUCACCAUUACAGGACAAAGAGGAACAUUAUUCUGGCAUGCUCAUAUUACCUGGAUGAGAGCCACUGUCUAUGGCCCUCUUAUCAUCCUCCCUAAACCCAAUCAACCUUACCCUUUCCCCAAACCGUACAAGCAAGUCCCUAUCAUGUUUGGUGAGUGGUUCAAUGCUGAUCCUGAGGCAGUCAUUAGUCAGGCUCUUCAGACUGGGGGAGGUCCAAAUGUCUCUGAUGCAUACACUCUUAAUGGUCUCCCAGGCCCCUUGUACAACUGUUCUGCUAAGGACACAUACAAGCUGAAGGUGAAGCCCGGGAAGACAUACCUUUUACGGCUGAUCAAUGCUGCACUCAAUGACGAUCUCUUCUUCAGCAUUGCUAACCACAGCUUCACUGUGGUUGAAGCUGAUGCAGGCUAUGUCAAGCCUUUCAACACCAGUGUAUUGCUAAUCACGCCAGGCCAAACCACUAAUGUCCUCCUAAAGACUAAGCCGGUCUCCCCCAAUGCAACAUUCUACAUGCUAGCUAGACCAUACUUCACAGGCCAAGGCACAUUUGACAACACAACCAUUGCUGGGAUACUUGAGUAUGAAGAAACCCAAAACCUUACUACUACUCCCGUGUUCACUCCGGUCCUCCCAGCCAUCAAUGCCACAAACGUCGUUUCCAAUUUCUCAAGCAAAUUCAGGGCCUUGGCCACUGCCCAAUUCCCAGUCACUGUCCCUCAAACCGUGGACCGGACCUUCUUGUUCACGGUAGGUCUGGGGAUCAGCCCUUGUGGGAAUAAUAAAACUAACAACCAGACAUGCCAAGGCCCUAAUGGCACAAGAUUUGCAGCAUCAAUGAACAACAUCUCCAUGCCACUCCCUUCCACAGCACUUCUUCAGGCCUACUAUACCAAGAAAUCCAAUGGUGUGUUCACCACUGAUUUCCCUAUAACCCCCUUGAACCCAUUCAACUACACAGGCACUCCACCGAAUAAUACAUUUGUGGCAAAUGGGACCAAAGCCGUGGUGCUGCCCUUCAACACGACCGUGGAGGUCGUGCUGCAAGGCACCAGCAUCCUUGGUGCUGAGAGCCACCCUAUCCAUCUCCAUGGAUACAAUUUCUACAUAGUGGGACAAGGGUUUGGUAACUUUGAUCCAAGCAAGGACCCUAAGAGUUACAACCUAGUUGAUCCUGUUGAGAGGAACACAGUUGGUGUGCCCACUGCUGGUUGGGUUGCGAUCCGGUUUCGAGCAGAUAAUCCAGGGGUGUGGCUGAUGCACUGCCACUUUGAUGUUCAUCUGAGCUGGGGAUUGAGGAUGGCAUGGGUUGUAAUGGAUGGGAAGCUUCCACAUCAGAAGCUGCUUCCUCCACCAUCUGAUCUUCCCAAGUGCUGAUCAUGAUUCAUCAUGAAUAGAUGUGGGGGAGAAGAAAAAAAAAAGAUUCUUUUGCUGUUCUUUUUAUACAAUAUAUCCUCCAAUUUUGUGGGUCUGUUUUAAGUUAACUUAUACUAUACUACUACUGCUGCUAUGUGGGUUUUUUGUAAUUUUGGGUGUCUGCAACAAGUUGUUCCUGGCUAGCCUUAGCACAGACAGGCAAGGCAUGGCAGAGGGAGGGCAAUAAUUGUUUGCUUUUGUUUCUGCUGGAUCGGCUUUCUCUAAAUUCCCCUUCUAGAAACUGUGACAAGGCCAUUGUAGUUGAGUGAGUGAGGAUGAUGAGUCUUUGUUUGUACAAUAAAAAGAGUUACAAAUUUCAUAUCUACGCAUUACAAGGUGG